AUGACUGGACGUGUCAUCCGCGAUGCCGUCACAUAUACUGAGCACGCCAAGCGAAAGACCGUCACAUCGCUGGAUGUUGUCUAUGCCCUCAAGAGACAAGGACGUACUCUCUACGGUUUCGGUGGUUAA